GAAGUAGCCAGCUCUGUCUCUCUCCCAGCGCCUCGUGCAGUUUGUGCAGCAUCGGCGCGCCGUCGGUCAUCCGACGGAGGAAAACUUUGAGCUCUCUCUGCAGAGGGAGUGUUUAAACAGGACCACAGAGCUGCUGACAAGAUGCUCGUCCUAUUUGAGACCGCGGCUGGGUUUGCUAUAUUUAAGGUCCUCGAUGAAUCAAAGCUGCAGCAGGUCGACAGCCUGUAUAAGGAGUUUGAAACUCCUGAAAAAGCCAACAGAAUAGUGAAGCUGAAGCACUUUGAGAAGUUCCAGGACACGACGGAGGCCUUGGCAGCUGCCACUGCUCUGGUGGAGGGGAAACUGGGCAAGAGUUUAAAAAAGGUUCUGAAGAAAGUUGUGGCUAAAGAAGCUCAUGAACAGCUGGCCAUCAGCGAUGCCAAACUUGGUGGAGUCAUCAAAGACAAACUGGACCUGACCUGCGUCCACAGUCCAGCUGUGGCUGAGCUGAUGAGAUGCAUCAGAGGCCAAAUGGAGAGCCUGAUCUCUGGACUUCCUCCCAGGGAGAUGAGUGCCAUGUCUCUUGGUCUGGCCCACAGUUUGUCCCGCUACAAACUCAAGUUCAGUCCUGACAAAGUGGACACCAUGAUUGUACAGGCCAUCUCUCUUCUGGACGACCUGGACAAGGAGCUGAAUAACUACAUCAUGCGCUGCAGAGAGUGGUACGGCUGGCACUUCCCCGAGCUGGGAAAGGUCAUCACAGACAACCUGGCUUACUGCAGAACCAUCCGCACCGUGGGUGAUCGCACCAACGUGGCCAGCACCGACCUGUCGGAGAUCCUUCCUGAGGAGGUGGAGGCUGAGGUGAAGCUAGCCGCUGAGAUCUCCAUGGGCACAGAGGUGUCGGAGCAGGACAUCGCCAACAUCCAGCACCUGUGUGAUCAGGUGAUUGAGAUCUCAGAGUACCGCGCUCAGCUCUACGACUACCUGAAGAACAGGAUGAUGGCCAUCGCCCCCAACCUGACCGUGAUGGUGGGCGAGCUGGUUGGCGCCCGGCUCAUUUCACACGCCGGGUCUCUUCUGAACCUGGCCAAGCACCCGGCUUCCACAGUCCAGAUCUUGGGAGCAGAGAAGGCUCUGUUYAGGGCCCUGAAGACCCGCAAAGACACCCCCAAGUACGGUCUGAUUUAUCACGCCUCUUUGGUGGGCCAGACUACAGCCAAGAACAAGGGCAAGAUCUCAAGAAUGCUGGCGGCUAAAACCGCUCUGGCCAUUCGUUACGACGCUCUGGGAGAGGACACAAACACAGAGAUGGGAGCAGAGAACCGAGCCAAGCUGGAGGCCAGGCUGAGGCAGCUGGAGGACAAAGGAAUCCGUCGAAUCAGUGGAACAGGAAAAGCCAUGGCGAAGGCUGAGAAAUAUCAGCACAAGAGUGAAGUACGAAUUUAUGACCCGUCKGGAGACUCGACCAUCCCGUCCACCUCAAAGAAGAGGAAGAUCGAAGAGGUGGAAGAAGAAGAGGAAGCAUUGCCUGUAACACCAGUGGUCAAAUCCAAAAAGUCCAAAAAAGAACCAGAACUAGAAGAAGUUGAAACGACAGAUACUCCCAAGAAAAAGAAGAAAAAGAAAGAUAAAACAGAAGAAGUGAUGCUGAAGGAGGAAGAGGAGGAAGUAGUAGUGACCGAGGUUUGCGAGGAUAGUUUUUAACUAGAUUGUUACAAA